AUGACUGAAAAUUUUAAUCAGAAUUUCUGUGUGGUAAGUGAUCUAAAGUGUGAGGUACCAAGUUCUCUUCAAAUAAACUCUAUAAAUAACCAAGAUUUAUCUACAAAAAGUUUGGAAAGUGGUCAUAUUCACUCUAUGAUAUUUGGGAGACUAACACUCGAGCAGAAAAAGGCUGUAGAUGUACCUCCAGAAUCAUCACUACUUAUAGUUGCUGGACCUGGAAGUGGCAAAACUGCAACUAUAACAGCUAGAAUUAUAAAGUUUUUAAUAGAAGGUUAUACUCCAAUACUGGCAUUAACAUUUACUAAGAAGGCAGCAAAUGAAUUAAAGAGUAGAAUUAAUGUAGCAUAUUCUUCAUCCUUAAAAUCUAUUUCAAUAGAGAGCACAAAGAGAAAUUCAGUGAAUCAUAUUUCAAAAAAUUCAUAUAAUAUUUCAUCUUUAAGCUUGACAGAUAAGGAUUUAUUUAUUGGUACUAUUCACUCAUUUUGCUGGAAGCUAUUGAAACAGUAUGGGACAGCAAUAGGGUUACCUUCAAAGAUAGAAGUUGCUGACAAAGAAAUGAUGCUGAAAAUUUUAAAGUUAUGUUUAACUGAAGUAAUGAAUAUUUCUAAAGCUGCUGUUGCUUCACAAUUAUCGGCAUCAAAAUUGGAAUCUUUAGAUGAUUUACUUUCAGAUCCAGAAUUAGACCAAGAUCAUUUCGAAAGUUCUAGUGAUGCGGGUGACAGUGAAAAUGAAGAGAAUAUACAAAAAAAUAUAAAUAAACAAGUACCAGUAAACAAAAAUAGUGGUUUUUUUUUGAAGAAUAGUGAGUUAGAACGUAUUCUGAAAAUUAUUAGGCUUUUAAAGUAUAAGCAAUAUGGGAAUGGAGAUAAAGAUUUAUCUAUUAAUGAUACCAAUGGGAAUGUUGAUCUUUUAACUAUUUAUAAUAUUUAUACUAAUAAGAUGAAAUUUCAUAAACCAUAUUUACUAGAUUAUACUGACCUGAUCUUGACAACACUGAGACUUUUGGAAAGGAGUAAAGAAACAACUAGGAAGAUACAGAAAUUAUAUCCAUUUAUAUUUUGUGAUGAAUUUCAAGACACUUCUAAAUCGCAAAUGAAAAUUUUAGAGAUUUUGGCGAAGAGAAACAAAUUAAAUAUUUCUAAUCAAAGCAGUAAUUUAUCGAGCCUUUGGCAAAUAUCAAAAAUAUCCAGUGGAGCUGAAGGUUCAAUAAAAGUUCAGAGAGGUGGUAUAACUGUUGUAGGUGAUGAUGAUCAGGCAAUAUAUAGCUGGAGAGGAGUAGAAAUUGGAGUAUUUAAACAGUUUUCGUUAGCAUUUAGUGAAAAUUAUCAGAUUAUGUUUUUAAAGGAGAAUUUUCGUUCUACAUCAUCCAUCGUUGAUACAUCUAAAUGUUUAAUAUCUGCCAAUUCGUGUAGAAUUCCUAAGGAAAUCUACACUAAUAAUUCUAAGGGGAUUUGUCCUCAAGUAUUGUUUUUAUCUACACAUUUAGAUGAAGCUUUAUGGAUUUGUAGGACUAUUCUUUCACUGAGAAUUAGGUAUAAAUAUGUAUGGACUGAUUUUGCUAUUCUGGCUCGAACUAAUGAAAUUCUGAUGUAUAUUGAAAAGGUUUUCUCUGAUCCCAAAUUUGUGAAACGAGCUAUUGAAGACGAAUCAGAUCAUUUAAAAUUUUCUGGAAGUAUAGAUAAAAUUUUGGAAUCAGAAGACAAACCCAAGAAAGGAUGGAGGAACAUGAUGCCGAAAGAUCUUGAAGCUGUAAAACCUGAACAAAUAAAAAAUCUUAUCUUAGCUGAAGGAACUAUUCCAAUGGAAAAUACUGCAAAAUCUAAUCCAAAAAUUACUAGAGAUUUGCUUCAAAAAACAGAAAUCCUUGAUAUUUUAGCAUAUUGUAGGCUAUUAGUGGAUGAGACAGCUGAUGAUUGUUUCCUCCGUAUCUGCAAUCGCCCAAAAAGAGGUUUUGGGAACAAUAUUUUACGUCUAAUUGAACAGUCUGGGGCUGAAGGAGUUUCUUUGCUUCGUAAAUCUACUCAACCACUUAAAGGGUUAACUGAUGUAUUAUGUAGCAAUGCUAACAAAUAUAAUCAUACUUCAAAUAAUAGUUGUCCAUCUAUUUUGCAAAUAUGUCGUAAGUUAGUGCAAUGUCAGUCACUUAAUUCGAGUAUUCUGGCUGACUGUAGAGGUAGCAAGAAAAUUAUUGAAUGUCUAAGAAAAUUUACUGAAUGUCUAGACAAUCUUAAAAAAUUUCUAGAAGAACAAGUAGGGGUAUCUGAGAUUCUGAAGAGAUUGCUAUCUGAAACUGGAUAUUUGGACUAUCUAGAUGAAGAUGAAAAGUAUUGUGAAGAUUCUGAAAGUAAAAAAGUUAAUAAAAAACGAAAUUCACGUAAAAGAUUCUUUUCAAGUACUUUAGAGGAAUCUGAAGAACAUAUAGAUAAAUUGGUACAGAAAAAGAAUACAUUAAAACAUUCAACUGUAGAAACAGUAGGUGCUCUUAUAAAAUAUUCAGAGAUGUAUAAUCCAAAUAAGCAACAGCCUCGAGGCUUUGAUUGUUUGAUAUGUUUCUUGUUAGAUGUGUCUCAUGGACUCAUGAGGCAAAAGCAUGGGGAAGGUAUUACUCUAACAACUAUUCACAAAUCAAAAGGACUUGAAUGGCAAGUAGUAUUUAUGCCCCGUUUUAAUGAAGGAGUAAUUCCACUAAGCCGAGAAGACUCAACGAAUACAGAUGCAAAAAUUGCAUCCAAAGACUAUGUUACUGCAGAAGAAAGACGAAUCGCAUAUGUUGGUAUGACCAGAGCUAAAUGCAGAUUGUUUCUAAGUGUACCUCUAAAUAUGGGGAAACCAUCUACAUUUCUAAAUGAUGCAAAUUUAAAAUUUACUGAGCCAAAACAAGUAACAGGAAUGCUUACUUCAAAGCUUAAAUGUAGUCCUAAAACUGUAGCUCCAGCCAAAUGGCUAAGAAGUUGA